AUAUUGUACAAUUGUGCAUUUGGUGUGAUCAUCCAUACCUAGUAUAUUAGAAAAUUUGUUUUGUGAAUUUUGAAAUAAUUUGUGAAUGACCAGACGUUGGGGAUAGUGUGCCAGCUGUUGCCUUAGCCCAUAAUGGCACAAAAUGGUUCACUUGAUGACACUGAAAAACGCAUGAAUUUAAAACGGAAAAGAAAUUCUACUGAUGAUGAGGUGGAAAACAUGCCUCCGGUGAAGAUAUCACCGAGACUCAAUGAGAAACUACAGGAUCAACCAACACACAAUGUGGUUGUGGAGUCGUCUUGUUCUAGUGAUGAUGAGGGCUCACAAUAUGACAAUGCUGAUCAGCCAAGGAGUGUGUUUACAGACAUAGACUACAAUGCUGAUAGUUUUUUAAGUCCACCAAGCAUAUCAGAUUUGCCAAAUUGUGUACUGAGUCCUCUAGAGAAUGUGGCCAGGGGCGAAUCAACUCCACAUUCAAAUAAAAGGCCCAGCACAAGUAAAUCAGAUUGUCCCACACUUCCAAAACGGAAAUGUCCCCUGCCAGUGCUCUCCUGGGCAGAUCCUCAGGAUGUGUGGAACAGUAUGUGUGAGUGUGAUGCCAAAUCCAGCCGCAAGAAGAAUAUCAACAUGUUUGACAAUCAUCCCAAUCUUCAGCUCCGGAUGAGAGCUAUCCUGCUGGAUUGGCUCAAUGAGGUUUGCGAGGUAUACAAACUACACAGAGAAUCGUUCCACCUGACGGUGGAUUAUAUUGACAGGUACCUCAGCAACACAGUGGAUGUCCAGAAGGGCCGGUUGCAGCUCAUAGGUAUAACAUGCUUAUUUAUUGCUGCGAAAGUAGAAGAAGUAUACCCACCGAAGAUAGGCGAGUUCGCCUACGUGACAGAUGGCGCGUGCACCACCGAGGAGAUUCUACUAGAAGAGCUCCUAAUCCUCAAGAUAUUAUCGUGGAGUAUCACUCCCAUCACGAUAAACAGCUGGCUAAAUAUAUACAUGCAGUUGGCAAGCGAAGGCCGCAGUGCCAAGAGGCGGCUGGUCGGUGAAAGUGACAUCGGUGCUAACGCCUUGAGAGGGUACACGUUCGUGUUCCCUCAGUACUCAUCGCUCGAGUUUGUGAUAUGUGGACAGUUGAUAGACUUGGCAGUGUUGCAUGUAGAUGUUAAUAUGUUCCCGUACAGUAUAGUGGCUGCGGCCGCUAUAGCGCACGCGUUCAGUAAGGAACUAGCUAUUAGGGUGUCAGGGUACGCGUGGGAGGCGGUGUCGGCGUGCUGGCGGUGGCUGUCGCCGUUCGCGGCGAGCGUGCGCGGCGCGGGCAGCGUGCGGGUGGUGCGCGGCGGCGACGGGGAGUUCGUGCAGCGCGCCGCCGGCCUCCACCUCAUCUGUCCCGACCUCAACCUGGACGAGAGCCACCGCAUCCAGUCGCACAACGUCACCCUCGACAUGUUCGACAAGGUGUACCAGCAACUUCUUGAACAAUCUUCAACACAAGCCGACACCGGUGCAUCAACAUCACAAGACACAGAGCACGUGUUCCCACCUACGCCCCCGCAGUCCGACCAGAAGAGUCCCAAAACACCGUCCACUAAGACGCCGUCCACGAGGCAUCAGUCUGUACCGGAUGUAGAUUCAGAGGUAGAAUGAUUGUGGUUUACAUUAAGGACUCUAUUUAUUGUUAGUAUUGUUAUGAUCUUGUACAAGAUUGUACAGUGAUCCUACGGGGUAAUUGAAAAGAAUAUAACAAAUAAAGCAGGUCUGUAGUAAGUAGUAUUUACCACAAUUUAUGAUAUAUACUUGUGCAAUUUUUAAUAUUUCACAGUAAUCAAAUCUUUAGAAUGGCUCUUAUAGAAUUGAGCUUCUUACUUAUAACAUAUCUUUAUUCAUGUAGGUCUAUUACAGACUCUUUUGAUAUGUCAAAUCUAUCGUGAGUUCGGAGCACUUACUAAGAAGAAAACAUGAAAUUACUCUUCAGAGUCAACAAAAGAAAUAAAACAAUAAAAUUGAACAUUUUACUAACAAAUCAAAUUAGACUCUUAUGAUAUAUCAAAUCUACCGUCAAUUCGAAGUGCUUUCAAGCUACGAAGAAAUGACUGAAAUAUGUGGUGUAUUCACACCAGACUAUCAAAUUUUUGAACUUUUGUUGCACUUUAAAAUUGGUGAAAAGUUUUAAAAUAUUACAUAUAAUUUUAUGUAAAAUCGUACGCAUAUAAUUAUUUUAAAUGUUUCAACGACAUAUGUUGUUAUUUUAUUAAUAUGAUCAGUUUUUAUUUGUCAUACUCUCUUCGAUGCAUCCUGUAAAGUUAUUUAUGUACAUACAAUGUUGUACACAAUUUAUAAACACCACAUUACAAUAGACAAUUACUAUAACCGGUUUAGUAAAACUUUUAUAAUAGGAUAGCAUGCAUAAUAUACAUGAAACUUGGGAAUGCAAGUGUAUAUCAAUAUUAGUUACUUUUACAAAAAGGCGCAAAAUUUUUAGUUUUAUAACUGCAUAACAAAAUCUUGUGUCAGGGUUACUCAUAAAAGGUAAAACUGAAAGCUAAUGAUAGUAUUCAUGAUGUUAAGAUUUUGUCACAGAAGCAAUGUGGAAAAUUGAUAAUGUUUGAAAGGAUUCUACAAUUGUACGGUCACAUAAUUUAAUAUGAAUGUUCAAAAUUUGUAUUCAAAUUAUUACUUUGUUUCUUAGUGAUAAUGGUUCAGUUUUGUGGGGGCUACCUGGUUUCCGUCACGGCAUUCACUUCACAACUAACUCAGAACUCGUAGACAAUUAAUUUUCUUGACAGAAACCAUUGUCAUCCUGUGCCUACUAUAUUCUCUGUAUAUGUAUAUAUAGUAUAAAAUACAUCAGUCUAUACUUUAUACU